AUGGCUUCUACCAACUCCAAUGCUGGUGGUGUUGAAGGCACCAACUCCCAUUCUGAACUGGAAGCUUGUGUGCAGAAGAUUGACCUGAACAACAUGGAUGAGGAAAUGGCUGAAAAGGAACCUGCUGAAAACUCCCCUGCUAAAAACCCUCCAGCUGCUGAAAAUUCCAAGAAGCAGGAAGAGGAGUCUCAGGAGGAUGACAUUCAGUUGGAAGGGGAAGAGGACAUUCUGCAUGCUGAAAUUGCUAAGCUGCAGGAUCAUGCUGCUGAGCAGGAUACGCGCAUCCAGCAGCAACAGUCACUCAUUACCAACCUCAAGAGGGAGCUCUCUGACCAGGACAACAAAAUCAAGUACCUGGAAGUUGAGCUUAAGAACAUUAAACACGACGCACGGGAGCACGUUCAUCAGCUGGCGAGACAGACUUCAAAGAUCAACGAGUUGCAUGAGGCUUUCAGGGCCCUACAAAGGGAGACCAUGUUUCGCCCUACACCACAAGCGGACCCGCCUGCCAACUCUACUAGCGGGCGCACCCACCCCUCUCGCUCUGGUGGUGUGGCGGGUGACCCCGGACCUUCUACGCAGCGCGCUGCUGAGCCGAACACGCAUGUUUUUCGCUCUCUGCCAAUUACCCUCCCGCCAUUCAUCCAUGGCAAUACGGAUGUGGCAGCAUGGUUGUCGAUGAUGACCGACCUGAUCAAGGCUCACAAGGCUGAGGCGGAUAGGAAGCCGUUUGGGUGGGAGGAAUUCGCCUCUGCAAUCAAGCAAGCUUUCCAGGUCCAGCCGACCCAGCUGGAGGUGCGCAAUCGCCUUGAGAAGCUGCAGUGCGGGAACCGCACGGUUCAGCAGUACGCUGUGGAGUUCGAGGAGAUCUGGGUGCUGCAGAAACCGGCGGAACGUAUGAGCGAAGGCGAGAGGAUCCACCUCUUCUUCAAGGGCCUGCCUGAGCACCUCCAGAGCAUGCACAUGACGGAUGGGGCUGGGGAGUCGUGGAGAUCCUACGAUCAUGUGAAGCGUGUGGUGGGGACCACUGAUAAGCAUUUUUGUGCUUAUGCGAAAACUACUACCCAGCCGCAGCAGGCCUCAAUGCCGUCGUCUAGCCCUGCGGGUCCUAGCGGAAGGCAGCAGGCAACGCCUUGGAAGGGCGGGAACCACAAGAGGCCUUUCCAGCAGAGACAGCAGGCUGACCACAAGGCCAAGAAGGUCAACGAGGGUGGACCAAGAAAUGUCCAGAGCUGCUUCAAGUGCGGCAAGCCUGGACACAAGGGCUACGAGUGCCGCCACCGCAAGUCGGACAACAAGCGCCAUGAUGGCAGUGGCCCCUCGGGCAGCCAGCGGGAUUUUGCAAAGCCCAACUAG